UCUGUAAGUAGCCCAUGAAGCUUUGGUGAGACAGCCAAAUCUUGUAUAGAAUUUUUGUGAGCCCCUGGUUCAGAAGGUCAGUGCUGAAAUUCUACUCCAUCUCACAAAUGUAUGGCUCUAUGCUGCCAUCUGUCUGUUCUGCAGCUGGGAGUUAACAAUACACCAUUAAUGUUAUGUACCAAAUUGCAGCUAUUUUUUGUGCUUCUGAAGGGCUGUUAAGACUUCUGUUUAUUAUUUUAUCCCAUUUUAACGCAGGUUUUUGGUCUGCUUUGGCUCUUUGUGGGAAAGUAAAUUGCAAGGCUGAAAGGUUUGACAUCUCUAAACAGAUGUCACAGCUAUACACAACAAAGCAGAAACUUUUUCUUCUGGACAUAUCAGGAUAAUGUGAGUGGAAAGAUACAAGCAAAAUCCAUGUCCCAUUCAGGAUCUUACACAAGAGCCUAAAAGCAUUUAAAAUUUGCAGAAUGAAAAGAUGGCGCAGGCAAUGCUGGUACCACCAGGACCUGACAGCUUCUUCUAUUUCACUGAAGAAUCUCUUGCAGCUAUUGAAAAACGUAUUGCUGAUGAAAAAUUUAAUUCUGACCAAGAUGAGCCUACAGAUGAUACUGGUCAUGAAGCAAAUCACCCAGAGCCAAAUAAUGACUUAGAGGCAGGAAAGACACUGCCAUUUAUUUAUGGUGAUAUUCCUCCAGGAAUGGUGUCUGAACCCCUGGAGGACCUGGACCCAUAUUACAUCAAUAAAAAAACUUUUAUAGUACUGGAUAAAGCGAAGACAAUCCACAGGUUCAGUGCCACACCUGCCUUGUACCUUUUAUCUCCUUUCAAUUUCACUAGAAGACUAGCUAUUAAGAUUUUGGUUCAUUCAUUGUUCAACAAGGUCAUUAUGCUCACUAUUUUGGCAAAUUGUGUGUUGAUGACAUGGAGUAAUCUUCCAGAAUGGGCGAAGAAUGUAGAGUACACUUUCACUGGAAUUUAUACUUUUGAAUUUCUAGUAAAAGUCUUUGCAAGAGGCUUCUGUAUAAAUGAUUUUACGUGCCUUCGUGACCCCUGGAACUGGCUUGAUUUUGUUGUAAUUUGCUUUGCGUAUAUAACAGAAUUUGUAAACCUAGGCAAUCUUUCAGCUCUUCGAACUUUCAGAGUAUUGAGAGCUUUGAAAACUAUUUCUGUAAUUCCAGGCCUGAAGACUAUUGUAGGAGCCCUGAUUCAGUCUGUGAAGAAGCUCUCGGAUGUGAUGAUCCUGACUGUGUUUUGUCUGAGUGUAUUUGCACUGAUAGGGCUGCAGCUGUUCAUGGGCAAUCUGAGGAAUAAAUGCCUGUUCUGGCCAACAGAAAAUACAACAGCUUUUGAAAAGCUGAUUCCAUACUUUAAUGGUACAGAAUUUGACUGGGCAGCAUACAUUAAUGAAGAAAGUCAUUUCUAUCGCCCAGAAGGAGCAAAAGAUUUUCUGCUUUGUGGCAAUAGCUCAGAUGCAGGGAAAUGCCCAGAAGAGUUUAUCUGUGUGAAAGCUGGUAAAAACCCCAACUAUGGAUAUACUAGCUUUGACACAUUCAGUUGGGCUUUCUUGUCACUGUUUCGACUGAUGACACAGGACUAUUGGGAAAAUCUUUAUCAGCUGACACUACGAGCUGUUGGCAAAUCAUACAUGAUAUUUUUUGUUGUGGUGAUUUUUCUGGGUUCCUUCUAUUUGAUUAACUUGAUUUUGGCUGUGGUUGCCAUGGCCUAUGAAGAACAAAAUCAAGCAACAAUUGUUGAAGCAGAGCAGAGGGAGGCAGACUUUAAACUGAAGCUUGAACAACUGCGGAAGCAGCAAGAAGAAGCUCAGGCAAUAGCAGCAGCUGCAGUAGAGAUGACUGAGUACAGCUGUGAAAGUGGGAAUGCUGCACCCUCAGAUAGUUCUUCAGACGCAUCCAAGCUUAGCUCAAAAAGUGCCAAAGAAAGGAGAAAUAGAAGAAAGAAAAGAAGGCAGAGAGAGCUCUCUGGAGAAGAGGAUGACAUGAAGGAUGAAAAGCUUCCAAAAUCUGAAUCAGAUGGCAGUAUCAAAGGGAAAGGUUUCCGUUUUUCUUUUGAUGGGAACAAACUAACUUAUGGGAAGCCAUUUACAUCACCCCACCAGUCUUUGCUGAGUGUUCAUGGCUCCCUGUUUUCUCCCAGGCCUAGUAGCAGAACAAGUCUUUUCAGUUCUAGAGACGACGGAAGAGAGAGGGGAUCAGAAUAUGACUUUGCUGACGAUGAGCACAGCAUGUUUGAGGACACUCUGAGCAGAAGAGGUUCUCUGUUUCUGCCGCGCGGGCACGGGGAGCGGCGCAGCAGUAACAUCAGCCAGGCCAGUCGGUCAUCCAGAAGGCUGGCAGUGUUUCCAGUGAAUGGGAAGAUGCACAGCACCGUGGAUUGCAAUGGGGUGGUUUCCCUGGUGGAGGGACCACCAGGUCUGUUGUCUCCUACUGGACAACUUCUGCCAGAGGUGAUAAUAGAUAAACCAACGACUGAUGGCAGUAGCACUACCACAGAAAUAGAAAUAAAAAACAGACGUGCAAGUUCAUACCAAAUACCAAUGGAGUUGCUGGAGGAUCCUGAUUUAAGGGAAAGGGCCAUGAGUCUAGCAGAUGUUAUCACAAAUAGAAUGGAAGAACUUGAAGGAUCCAGACAAAAAUGUCCCCCUUGCUGGGAUAAGUUUGCCCACACUUUCUUAAUUUGGGACUGUUGUGAGCCCUGGUUAAAAGUCAAGAGUGUAGUUGAAUUUAUUGUAAUGGAUCCAUUUGUUGAUCUGGCUGUCACUGUUUGCAUAGUUUUAAACACACUAUUUAUGGCCAUGGAACAUUAUCCAAUGACUGGACAUUUUGACGCUGUACUUUCAGUAGGAAAUCUGGUUUUUACUGGAAUUUUUGCAGCAGAAAUGGUUCUCAAGAUAAUUGCCAUGCAUCCUUUUUAUUAUUUCCAAGUUGGUUGGAAUAUUUUUGAUAGUUUUAUAGUUACUCUUAGUUUGGCGGAGCUUUUUUUGUCAAACGUGGAAGGAUUGUCCGUUCUCCGAUCAUUCAGAUUGGUAAAUAAUACAUCUGCAUUAAUUAAUGAAUUAUGUUUGUACUUCAACUCUAUUCUUAUAAAUAAGACACCUUUUCGUAUACUUUUUAGUAAGUGACACAGGAUAUAUUUGCAGGCAUGUCAUUUUACUGUUCAGAAGCAAAUAUUCUUUCAAGGGAAAGAGCUGUAAUUUUAUUGUAAUUGUUUAAACAUGAAUGAGUAAAGUUCAGUNNNNCGCUGGCACAUGCAUGACUUUUUCCACUCUUUCCUGAUUGUAUUCCGAGUGCUGUGUGGAGAAUGGAUAGAAACCAUGUGGGACUGCAUGGAGGUUGCAGGCCAAACCAUGUGCCUUAUUGUUUUCAUGAUGGUCAUGGUGAUUGGAAACUUAGUGGUGCUGAAUCUUUUUCUGGCCUUGCUGCUGAGUUCAUUUAGUUCAGACAACCUUGCUGCUACAGAUGAUGAUAAUGAAAUGAACAAUUUGCAGAUUGCUGUUGCAAGAAUUCAGAAAGGAAUAGAUUAUGUGAAGAAAAAAGCAGGUGAAUGUGUCCGAAGGUCUUGUUUGGGAAAACAAGCUGCUGUAAACCAAGGAACAGCAACAGAUCAGUUGAAUGAUGAGAGAAAGCAUAUUUCAAACUGUACCAUCACUGAACGAAGGAUAGAUACAAAUUGUAGCAAAAAUGAAAAUGGAAUGGCUACUGUUAUAGGUGGCAGUGAUUAUACAUCAUUCAUAAACAACCCAAACCUUACUGUUACAGUACCAAUAGCUGUUGGAGAGUCAGAUUUUGAACGUCUGAAUACAGAAGAGUUUAGCAGUGACUCAGAUUUGGAUGAAAGCAAGGAGAAGCUAGAUUUUUCCAGCUCAUCAGAAGGAAGUACAGUUAAUUUAGCUGUCCUUGGAGAAGAAAAAAGUGAAACUGAACCAGAAAAAGCAUCAGAACUACAAGCAUGCUUUACAGAAGGCUGUGUACGGAGGUUCAAAUGCUGUAAAGGCAGUAUGGAGAGCACAAAAGGAAGAAUCUGGUGGAACCUUCGAAAAACCUGUUACAGGAUAGUAGAGCACAGCUGGUUUGAAUCAUUCAUUGUCUUCAUGAUUCUUCUCAGCAGUGGUGCUCUGGCUUUUGAAGAUAUAUAUAUUGAACAGCACAAGACUAUAAAAAUCCUGCUGGACUAUGCUGAUAAAAUCUUUACUUAUGUCUUUAUUCUGGAAAUGGUGCUAAAAUGGGUAGCCUAUGGUUUUCAGACUUACUUCACUAAUGCUUGGUGCUGGCUGGACUUCCUGAUUGUUGAUGUCUCGUUGGUUAGCUUAGUAGCCACUGCCCUUGGUUUCUCAGAAUUUGGUGCAAUUAAAUCGCUCCGAACAUUAAGAGCUUUGAGACCUCUAAGAGCUUUGUCACGCUUUGAAGGCAUGAGGGUGGUUGUGAAUGCUCUUACUGGAGCAAUCCCAUCCAUUAUGAACGUACUUCUGGUUUGUCUCACAUUCUGGCUAAUUUUCAGCAUUAUGGGAGUAAAUUUGUUUGCUGGCAAGUUCUAUCACUGUGUUAACACCACAAAUGAUGUGAUGUUUACACCAGAGCAAGUCAGUAAUAAAAGUAUGUGUGAAAAUAUGAGCAGAACUACUGGAGGUGUUCGGUGGAAAAAUGUGAAAGUAAACUUUGAUAAUGUUGCAAUUGGUUAUCUUUCUUUGCUUCAAGUGGCAACAUUUAAAGGAUGGAUGGAGAUUAUGUACGCUGCAGUUGAUUCUACAAAGGCAGAGAAACAGCCCAAAUAUGAAGAGAACCUGUACAUGUACCUUUACUUUGUGGCCUUUAUUGUCUUUGGAUCAUUUUUCACCCUAAACUUAUUCAUUGGUGUCAUCAUAGAUAACUUCAACCAACAAAAAAAGAAGCUUGGAGGCCAAGACAUUUUCAUGACAGAAGAGCAAAAGAAAUACUACAAUGCAAUGAAGAAGCUGGGAUCCAAGAAACCACAAAAACCUAUACCUCGACCAGUGAACAAAUUGCAAGGUCUGGUGUUUGAUAUUGUAACACAGCAACUAUUUGACAUCACUGUUAUGGUUCUAAUCUGUCUUAACAUGGUCACGAUGAUGAUAGAAACAGAUGACCAGACCGAACUGAAGCAAAAUAUUUUAUAUUGGAUUAACUUGGUCUUUGUUGUCCUUUUCACUGGUGAAUGUGUCUUCAAAAUAUUUUCACUCCGCUAUUAUUACUUCACCAUUGGCUGGAAUAUUUUUGAUUUUGUGGUUGUUAUUCUUUCAAUAAUAGGUAUGUUUCUAGCUGAGGUGAUUGAAAAGUACUUUGUGUCACCCACUUUGUUCAGAGUCGUCCGGCUUGCCAGAAUCGGUCGAAUCCUGCGCCUCAUUAAAGGCGCUAAGGGAAUCCGCACUCUGCUCUUCGCUUUGAUGAUGUCUCUUCCUGCUCUGUUCAACAUUGGGCUGCUGCUCUUCCUGGUCAUGUUCAUCUAUGCGAUAUUUGGCAUGUCCAACUUUGCCUACGUCAAGAGGGAAGUUGGGAUUGAUGACAUGUUCAACUUUGAAACGUUUGGCAACAGCAUGAUCUGCCUGUUUCAGAUCACCACCUCCGCUGGCUGGGAUGGUUUGCUCGCCCCAAUUCUGAACAGUGGGGAGCCAGACUGUGACCCCCAUAAAGAUCAUCCGGGGAGCUCUGUGAAAGGUGACUGUGGCAACCCUUCUGUUGGGAUUUUCUUCUUUGUCAGCUACAUUAUCAUAUCCUUCCUGGUAGUGGUGAACAUGUACAUUGCUGUGAUUUUGGAGAACUUCAGUGUUGCUACUGAAGAAAGUGCUGAACCCUUGGGUGAGGAUGACUUUGAGAUGUUCUAUGAGGUUUGGGAAAAAUAUGAUCCUGAUGCAACACAAUUCAUUGAAUAUAGUAAACUGUCUGAUUUUGCAGCUUCUCUAGAUCCUCCUCUUAAUAUACCAAAACCAAACACAAUUCAUCUUAUUGCAAUGGAUCUGCCUGUGGUGAGCGGUGACAGAAUUCACUGCCUUGACAUCUUGUUUGCUUUCACAAAGCGUGUUUUGGGGGAAAGUGGGGAGAUGGACGCCCUCAGAAUACAGAUGGAAGAUCGGUUUAUGGCAUCCAAUCCUUCUAAAGCUUCCUAUGAACCAAUUACAACUACAUUGAAACGAAAACAAGAAGAAGUUUCUGCCACUAUUAUUCAGCGUGCUUACAGGCGUCACCUUCUAAGACAGUCAGUAAAGAAGCUUUCAUUUAUGUAUCAGAAAGAUGGGGGUGAACAGCUCAUCAGAAAGGAUAUAAUUGUUGGUAAGCUGAGUGAAAACUCAUCUCCAGAGAAAAUGGAUAUGUCUGCAUCCACCACAGCUCCACCUUCGUAUGACAGUGUAACAAAACCAGAAAAAGAAAAAUACGAAGAUGACAAAUCAGAAAAGGAAGACAAAGGAAAAGACAGAAGAGGAAACAAAAAGUAAAAGGCAGAUGUUAUCCUUGAUGAAUGUUUGCAAGCUUGAAAAUAAUGUUUUUAUCACUAGCACUCUUACUGGAGGAUUAUGCCAAAAUUACAACUUUUUACAUAUUUACCCACUGCUACAGUCAAUGCCUGUCCAGGACAAUGAUCCUUCACUAUUAAACUCUUGGUCUGUAACAGGGAAACAAACCUGCAGAACAACAGUUUUGAUUAUCAGUUGUUACUGAUUGAAAGGAGACACAGAAUUUCUACUUAGACUAUAGGAAACCUUAAUGGAUCCUAAUAAGCCUGUAUUUUUGUGGAGUAAGCGUAUCCACUGUGUACAUUUCAUCUUUUAUCUGUGUUCCAUGUGUGGCAGUUCUUGUUGAUGAUUUUGUUUGGUUUAAUAACAUACUUCUUUAUUAAUUCUGCUCUGCUGAGAAAAAUAAUCUAAAUACUCUUUAUUUAGCUAAAUACUAAAUAAUACUCUUAUGUGCAGAGAAAUACAAAUGUCAGGAAUAUGUAAUUGUGGCAUCAUAAUAUGAACAUAGUUCUCUUCACGCCACUUCUAAAUGCAGAAAACCAGGAUUCCAGAUUACGGAACCUCAGGUGUAGAUCAAAGAAGCAGCAAACUAAAAAAAAACCCAACAAAGUCCAGAUAAAUAAUUUGUCAGCAAA